AUGGUGGUUAGCGAAAAGUUUCACAACAGCGAUCAUAAAAUAGUCCUCUGCACCCUUCCGAUUCUUGCCAUAUGCAACAAAUUAAAGACAUUAAAAACGCGAUUCCAAUAUAGAGACUAUGCAAACGCUGACUGGGAAAACUUUCGAUUUCUAAUAAAGCACUCUGACUGGGGCAGUUUCUUUACCAGUAAUAACCUCUUAGAAACAUUAGAAAUAUUCAAUAUCACCACCAAAUCUGCACUAGACACCACUAUACCCUCUAAAAUUGGUUUUAAAACAGUUACUCCCUAUAUAAACCAAAAGACUAGGUCUAAACUGAGAAAACUGAAAAGGAUGUACUAUAUAUCAAAAGACUUCAGUGCCCUGCACCAGAUAUACUCUGUACUUGACGGAGUACAAAGUCAACACAACAAGCAUAAACAGGUACAGGAACGUACUGCGCUCGCUGCUGCAUCUAAAGCCCAAGCCCUAUGUCGUCUCCUCACGAAACGCAUAAGAAAGAACACAGACAACAACAUUCACUCCUUACUGCACGAUGGAGUAACGUAUAAUGACCAAACCGUCAUAUGUGAACUAUUAAGUGAAUGGUUUUCUCACAAUGGGAAUACAUCUGAUGCCCCAGAUAUCGACAUAAAGUGCACCGGCAAAAACUAUCUUAGUACCAUAAACUUCGACAUUAUGAGUAUACAUACCGCCAUUAAAACCCUUAAACCAAAUGCGAGUUCUGGUGCCGAUGACAUCCCUUCAAUCGUUUAUAAAAUGUCAGGGCCGGACAUACAGACGCUACUACUCAAAAUAUACACAUUAUCUUUAGAGACAGGUACAUAUCCGGAAACCUGGAAGGUAACGUAUGUUCUACCCAAACACAAAUCCGGACCGAGAAACCUGGUAGAAAACUACAGACCUAUAAAUAUCACUCCAGUCAUAUCACGCAUAAUGGAAAAAGUGAUACAAAAUCAACUAUCUGAUCACCUACUCAAGGAAGAUCUAAUAGACCCGUCACAACACGGCUUCAUUAGAACAAGGUCGUGCAGUACAUGCCUGAUAGACUUCUUUAACGAGGUUACUCGUAUGCGUGACCAGAAGAAACUAGUUAUUAUACUAUACUUCGAUAUUAAGAAAGCCUUUGAUAAAGUACCUCAUAAUCUUCUAAUCAACAGACUGAAGUCAGUUGGAAUUAUAAAUCCCCUUUUGCAAUGGAUCAAGUCUUUUCUUACGAACAGAUAUCAAAUAACCAAGAUUAACUCUAAUACAUCUACACCUCGACCGAUAACCAGUGGUGUUGUGCAGGGUAGUGUCUUGGGUCCAUUGCUCUUUAUAAUCUACAUCAACAAUAUAUGCAGGUGUUUCAGCACAGGUAAGACCUACCUCUAUGCCGAUGACUUAAAGGUCAUCUAUAAAACUGACAUUUGCGAUUUACGCAGUACUAUGCAAACAAUCCAACAUGAACACAACAUGGUAGAUGACUGGUGCAAACGCUGGAGGUUAGAGCUCAACAUAGAGAAAUGCGGCUGGUUAUGUAUAGGAGACACGUCUCUUAAAAUGAAACUAACAAUUAGCGAUCACGCACUCCCCAGACUGGCAUCAGUAACUGACCUAGGGGUACAUUAUUCACACAGUCUUAAUUUCUCUGAACACAUCUCAGCCAAAGCAUCCAAAAUGCGGAAAUUGCUUGGCUUCAUUCUCCGUAAUUUCUAUCAAAAUGAAUCUAAAAUCCUUCUUUACAAAGUUUGUGUAAGACCUAUCGUUGAAUACUGCUCGUUCUUAUUUUCCAACCUACGUCUAUCUGAUAUACUAAAGGUGGAAGGAAUACAACGAGACUUCACCCGCAAAAUACUUAAGACUGGCUCGGUCAUUGACUACAGUUCUCGAUGCCAAAUCUUAGGAAUAGCACCCCUUUGGGAGAGAAGGCUUAGGUCUAAUUUGAUUCUCUACUUCAAACUACUCAAAAACCUUACUUACUCAACAUGUCAGAUAAUUCUUGCCCGAGAUUCACAUGAAUACGAACUUCGAAACAAAGUAUCUACGGUCAAAGUUGAGAAAUACAGAUCAAAAACUCGGGAAAACUUCUUCCUCACCAAGUAUGCAAUAAUAUGGAACAGUCUUCCUUCCGAGACUCGCAUGGCAGAUGAACUACAUACGUUUGUGAAACUGCUUGAUCAAGCCCUCACUCGCACUGAUCUUGCACGUACGAACACAUCUGCACCCCACUCAGACAUCAUAGGCUCUCUCCAU